AUGCAAUUAGAGGAUGAUGAUAUUAGACGAUUGAAGUUAUUUACAUUAUUGAAUGGUUAUUAUUUGAGGGAAUCAUACAGUGUAUUGAACCGCGAGUCUUGUGAUCCUCAAGUUGACAAAACGGAGCUAAUCUGGUGUAAAGCUCAGUUUGGAAAAGAUUAUACUCCUGAACAAAUAGAGAAUCUUCAUCAAAUCAAACAAUUUGAGCUUGACUUAUCAAAGGGUACGAAUAAAGAAUUUAUAGACAGCAUUAUAGAACAGGGUUCAGAUGCAGAGCCCAUAUGGGGAACAGGGUGUAUAGAUGAUCCUGGAGAUUCAUUAUUGCCACCAAGUCUCAGGUUAAAUUAUCUGGAAAAAUCAAUUUAUAAAAUAAACGAGCGUAACGAUGAUCCAUUUGAUAUGAUUAUGAUAUUAGAGAAUAGAUACGGAUUAAUGAUAAACUCCUCUGGCUACAUCAAAGUUAUAGACUUGUGUCGUUUGAAUUCAGUUGAGGGAACCUUGUGUAAAGAGCCAACUGUGUGCACUCACAUAAGGAAGAUGUUUCCUCCGACCCAGUCGUCUUUCUCUUUAUCCUUUGUUCAAAGACUUACAUCAUUUAUGGGGCUGAAGGUCAUUGCCUUUGGAAAUUCCGUAGGGGACAUUGUCUUUUACGAAGAAUCUUACCUUGCAUUUGAGUAUCCGCCAAUAUUGGAGAAUAGUAUCCUACACCUAAAACUGGAUGAGGGCUAUGCCAGAAUUUCUACUUGUGAUGGAAUUGGAUUAUCAUCUAACCUCACUGUUUUAUCCAAUGAAGAGACUUUAACCAUAAUCUAUUUCGAUACUUUUUUUGAGAAUCCAAUUAUAAAAACAUAUAAGUUUGAAGAUAAGCUAAAUUAUGUUGAUUUUUUACGACCAGCUGAAGCUGGAUUCUUCCUUGUUAUCAAAAAGGAUAGCGGAGUUAGGCAUGUUUUACAUUUCUCAUUAGAAAAUCUACAACAAGGCAAAAUCUUGUGUGAAGCAAUAGAUAGUCUUUCAGAGAAACGAACUAAAGAACAAAAUAAUCUGCACAUGGUAGUUUCCAAGGAUGAUUUUCUGUCGGUACCAGAUUUUGAAUUUCUAACAUUGUCAUUCAACGCCCCAAGAAACGAACAUUUUAUCCAUAAAAUCUAUCAGAAUAGUUUGAUUUUGGAAUCACUACCUUUAUACCCAUCGGAAUCGAACAAUCUCGGGUUUGGUGCAUGUAUUGCGCAAAUUGAAGUUCCAGUACCAAACUACUCUUUAAUUUAUGAAAAUGAUGACUUAUUAAUUGAUAACCCAAUCCACCUAAGAUAUACUACGUAUAGAAGGAAUAUGUUUCACUAUGAAGACAUUUAUGCCAAUAAGAAACUAUUAAAGACUUCUCAACUUGACUAUGAAGACUGUUAUGUAUCAAGACGUGCCCAUGGCAAUGGAAACUCCAAGGUUUUCAAACCGGAAUCAUCUACCGGUAUAUGCACCGAUAGUUCAGUUAAACCUUCUAAUUCAGAAUACCUGGCUACGUUGAGUUUGCAACUCAAAGCCCAAUAUAAACGAAUUGACGAAAUAAGACAUAAGCUGAAAGGACAUUCAGAGUUUCAAAUAGAUUCGGAACCUUUUCCGUAUAAUCGGUUGGACCAAUUAAGGGCUGUCCAUCUUCAUAAAAGUGUAUUUUAUGGAUCUGCUGAUAUUGCAAGCAUUCAACAUCUGCAAUGUUGCAAUUCUUCUCUUAAGGAAGCACUUAAAAUGUACAUAAAGGAUUUAUCUUCUAAUGGUGAAGAAAAAGAUCAUGAACUUGAUUCAUAUGUUAAUGCCGUAAUCAAAAAGUAUCUGCAGAUAAAAGACAACACCAGAUUUCGAAACAAUGGUCCAAAAUAUGAUUCCAUUAUAUCAGAUGACAACUUUGUAAUCGAGGCUAACGAUGAACUUUCCAUAAGAAUGUAUGGUACGAAUCCCUUGAUUUUGAAUGCGUUCACACCUUCAAUUCUCUGUUCCAACCUAAACUGUGUUGAUCUUCGGAGUAAAAAGAUUCUCAUGUGUCAUAUUAACGAGUUACAUUGCAUGGUGACAGCAACGUCUUCUGGCUUAAUAUCUAUAUACCGUUUAACAGAAUGGAGAGGCGUAUACGCAUUCCGCUUUGAGAAGUUAUUAAACGUUAUAAAAAUACAAGACGUCUGUCUAGACAGUGAUGAUGAAGGAAGAACCUCUUUUUGCGAAACGCAACGAAGGUUUGCGAACCAUGAUCAGACGUUUGUCAAUAGUUGCAACAAAUGUCGACUAGUUAUUGAGAACCCUGAUAUCCACGCUCUAAACUAUACGUAUCAUCACGAUUCCUUAUCCGCAUCAUUAUACGUCUCUACACCAACAAAGCUAGUCAAGUAUACCAUCGCAGCUUCACCAUAA